UAACAUCCUGCGCGUACGCCGCCACCUGCUCAACCUGUCACGUGUGGGCCGGCCCCCAGGUGUGGUGAGCCAAUCAGUGAGCGCAGGAGGAACCACUGUUACUGGGCCGGAGGUGGCAGUCGUCUCCCCCGGAUAGAGAUGGCGGCGGCUCAGGUGAUCAGUAAACCCAAGGACGUUGCCGCCUUAUACCGCGAUCUCAGCCAGUUCCCGUCUCUCUCCAGUGCGUCUAUUGGCCCGGAGGUGACCACACAAUAUGGCGGAAAGUACAGCAACAUCUACACAGAAUGGUCCCAGAGAGACCUGGAUCGCAGCGAGCAGGUGAAGUUCUGUCGCCAGUACAUCGUCUUCCAUGAUAAUAACGCUGUGGUCUACGCCGGCGCCUGCGGAAAUGGCAGCGAAAUCAGAGGAGAACUGCUCAGCAGUGAGUCGCCCUCGGGAGCGCUGAAAGCCGUCUUGCGAGAGACCAAGAACAAGAGCGCAGAGGACAUGCAGUUCCUUGAGAUCUGGGACCGAAACCGUAAGGUGAAAAACAUCAACCUAACGGCGCUGGAUAAACAUGGGAAGGUGUAUGAGGACGAGCAGUUCGGGGGUCUGUCCUGGUCGCACUCGGAGACGCAUCUUCUGUACAUCGCCGAGAAGAAGAGGCCAAAAGCCAAGUCGUUCUUUGAUGGUGGAGAUCCCGCAUCCGAGGAGGAGGAGGAGAAGAAGACCGCAAGGGGGGAUCAGUUUGUGCUUCAUGAGGACUGGGGCGAAGGUCUGGUGAAUAAGAGCGUGCCGGUGCUGUGUGUGCUGGACAUCGAGAGCGGGAACAUCUCUGUGCUGGAGGGGAUCCCUGCGCAUGUGUCUCCCGGUCAGGCCUUCUGGUCCCCAGAUGACACGGGCGUACUGUUUGUGGGCUGGUGGCACACCCCCUUCCGUGUCGGCCUAAAGUACUGCACCAAUAGAAGAUCUGCGCUGUUCUUCGUGGACCUGACCGGAGGAAAAUGUGAAACCCUCUCGUGUGACUCUUCUGCCGUCUUCUCUCCGCGGCUCAGUCCAGACAAGUGUCGCGUUGUGUAUCUGAAGUGCGAGGUCUUCGGCCCCCACCAGCAGUGCUGCCAGAUGCUGAUGUAUGACUGGUACACUAAAGUCACCUCCACCGUGGUGGAUGUCGUUCAGCGAUCGGCAGAUGGGCAGUUCCAGGGCAUUUACACCUCGUUGCUGGCGCCGUUGUGCUGGUCCGCGGACAGUCAGAGAGUCAUCGUGGACACCGCGCUGCGCAGUCGGCAGGUCCUGUUUGUAGUGGACACAAUGACGGGACAGGUGACGGCCCUCCAGUCCAGGGAAUCUUCUCUCGGCAGCUGGAAGUUAAUGGCCAUUGACCGCGACCUCCUCGUUGUCCGAUAUUCCAGUCCGAAUUGUCCCCCGACUGUGAAAGUCGGGUUCCUGCCGCCGGCCGGGAGAGAGGCCGACAUCACCUGGGUCUCCUUAGAGGAGGAGAACUCCAUCACAGACAUAGACUGGAGCUACCGGAGCCAUGAACCGGAGCAGGAGAACCCCCAAUACACGGGCCUGGACUUUGAAUCCAUCUUCCUGAAGCCACGGGAUGUCCUCCCGGAGAGUCGUCUUCCUCUGGUGGUCUAUCCUCAUGGGGGUCCGCACUCCUUGUUUGUCAGUGAGUGGAUGCUGUUCCCGGCCGUGCUGUGUAAGAUGGGCUUUGCUGUGCAGUUAGUGAAUUACCGGGGGUCCUUAGGAUUCGGGCAGCACAGCGUCUUGUCGCUGUUGGGAAAGGUUGGCGAUCAGGAUGUGAAGGACGUGCAGACGGCCGUGCUGCAGACCCUACAGACCGAGCCUGUUCACCCUGACAAAGUGGUGCUGUGCGGAGGGUCUCAUGGAGGAUUCCUCUCCUGCCAUCUGAUUGGACAGUACCCCGACUUCUACAAAGCCUGCAUCGUCCGCAAUCCAGUGAUCGACAUCCCUGCCAUGGCCGGCUCCACCGACAUCCCGGACUGGUGCCACGUGGAAUCCGGCCUGACCUUCUCCUAUGAGGGCCUCCCGGAGGCCACCAAGUGGGGGGACAUGCUGAGCAAAUCCCCCAUCAUCCAUGUCUCUAAGGUGAAGACCCCCGUCCUGCUGAUGCUGGGAGCAGAGGACCGACGGGUCCCGAAUACUCAGGGCCUGGAGUAUUAUAAAGCGCUGAGAGCUCAUGGGGUGGAGACGAGGUUACUCUGGUAUCCCGGCAACAACCACGCCUUGUCCAAGGUGGACGCCGAGUCGGACGGCUUCAUGAACAUUGCGCUGUGGAUCCUCGGACAUCUCGAAGGCUGAGCCCCCCCAAAUCUGUGGCAUCCAGCAAAUUCAGGGUUAACAGGUGCAGGACCGCUCCCCCCUCCCCCCGCUAUGUGACGUCAUUGGACAAUGCAAGUCUGCCAUGCGGUCCCCGAUCCCCCGCCUGCCCUCCUCAGCUGUCAUGGGACUACAACUCCCAGCAUGACCAGCUGGAGAGUGAGAGGUGGAGUCCUAGGAGCGAGGCUGUAUGCUAAUCACCCUGGCUCCGCCCACAGCGCCCAUCCCCGGACUGCGCGGCGGCAGCUUCGUUUCUUGCGGGACUUUUUUUGUCUCGUAUUUUUGUGGAGUUUUCUAACUUUUUUGCAGCAAUAAAACGUCUCCUGCGUC